GUUUCUGUACUUUUCCGCACACCGGAUGUUUUCGUAACAGCGCCACUUUGCGGUGGCGGGAAAGUCAAUGAGGUGGGAAGAAGUUUCAUAACUUCGCCUUUGGUCUGCUGAAACAGUUGAAAAAUCAUGACUGAGGUUCUGAGAACUCUUUCCCCUCAGAUUCCAAAUGUUGAAGCUGCAGUACCAAAGGAGGCUGCUAAAAGUAGGAAUGUUGAGCAUUCAGCAGAGACUGCUGCAAAGAAUUCAGCAAAGGGUCAAAUUGAUGUGACACAACAUUUGGGAGAGAAUGGAGACCAGGAUGCACAGAUAGUGGAAGAAACCUCUGCUACUAUGGAAAACAACAAUAAAGAGAGUAAAGAUAGAGAAGAACAAUCCAAGGAAGUGGUGGUUACAAAUGAAAUGGAAAAAGAGGAGGUGAACUUGGAAAAUGAAGCUAAGAAAGAAGAACAAAAGGUUAAACAAGAACAACAAAAGAUAUGGGAUCAGUUGGAUAGCGAGGACAGAGAGCUACGAUACAGCAAGCUCCAGUUCCUUCUGAAUAAGAGCACAAUGUACACUAAAUACUUAAUACAAAGGAUUGAAAGACAGAAACAAGAAGAAAAGAGAAAGACAGAGCGUCUUGCUAAAAAGUUGGCAAAAAAGACUCAAUUGGAAAGUUCAUUGACAAAGAAAUCCCUAGUAGAAGAGAGAAGAUCUAGCAGGAACAGACAGUCAACCAAUAGCUUGCUACCACUGCCACCCGCCACUGCCCAAGAGGAAAAACAGGGUAGAUGUAAAAAAAGAAAAACUGCAAUGGAUUCUUCAGAGGCCAUGUUGUCAGCAAAGCGGAGAAAGGAAAAUGAAGCAGAUUCCCAAAAUUCAUUUGAAAACGUCAACUCAAAUGAGGCAGAUCUUUCUCAAACAAUGAACAAGGAUUCUGACAUAGGUACUGAUAGUACUUCACCUUCAGAUGAUGAGGAGGAGAAAGCAAGAAAGAAGGCUGAGGAGAAAGCCCUGUUGGAGAAGAAUGAAGACUGCCCUGUUCUGUUUACUGGAGGAAGCCUGAGACAGUACCAGAAGGAUGGAUACAAAUGGUUAAAGACACUAUAUGAGAAUGGGGUUAAUGGAAUCUUGGCAGAUGAGAUGGGUCUGGGUAAAACUGUGCAAUGUAUAGCAGUGAUAUCCCACUUGAUGUACCUGGGAGUUACAGGGCCCUUCCUGGUUGUAGCUCCAUUGUCAACCAUUCCAAACUGGCAUUCAGAAUUCAAGAGAUUUGCUCCAAAGGUACCAGUGGUGCUUUAUCAUGGAACACCAGAAGAACGAAAUCGUCUUCGAGCACAAAUUAGAAAAACCACUGCAAUUCGUGAAGGUGUCGGUGUGCAGCCUGUGGUCAUCACAUCAUAUGAAAUUACUAUGAGGGACAGAUCUCAGCUGCAGCAUCACGAAUGGAAAAUACUGAUCGUGGAUGAGGGUCAUCGUAUCAAGAAUACACACUGUCGACUUAUUAGAGAGUUGAGGAUGUAUAGAAACACACAUCGCUUACUACUCACUGGCACACCCCUACAGAAUAAUCUAGCAGAACUGUGGUCACUACUCAACUUCUUAUUACCUGAAAUAUUUGAUGAUCUUGGAAGCUUUGAAAUGUGGUUUGAUGUGGAGAGAUUAUCAGUUGAUGAUGCUGAUGAAAAAAUUGUUAAAGAAGAGCAGCAGAAAAACAUUUUAUCAAUGCUUCACCAGAUUUUGACACCUUUUAUGUUGAGACGAUUGAAGCAGGAUGUUGAACUGAAAUUGCCUCCUAAGAAAGAAGUUCUUGUUUAUGCUCCCUUGUCCAGCAUACAGCAGGAAUUUUACACAUCAACAGUGGACAGGACAAUCAUCAAGAAGAUACAUGAAAAAAAUGAAGGUCCAGAAGUGGUAGAGAUGGACCGUAAUGAUCGACCUGUUAGAAAGUCAAGGAACAAGAGUAUUGACUACAGUGUGAUGUGUUUGGAAGAUAAUGAUAAAGAGAAACAGGAUGAUGAGAAUGAAUCAGAUGUUGAGGAACAGAUGGAGAAGUGGUUUUCUGGUGUCCAAAAAAUGACAUCUUCUCUGAGUAGAGAAAAACUUCCUGCCCAGUCAGUUGUAACGAUCCGAAUGCAGAACAUUAUGAUGCAGCUGAGGAAGUGCUGCAACCACCCUUAUUUGUUGGAAUAUCCACUAACAGCUGACGGUCAGUACAGGGUGGAUGAGGAGCUGAUACAGGUCUGUGGGAAAAUGAAGCUGUUGGAUACCAUGUUGAAAGAACUCAAGUCUCGGGGUCACAAGGUGCUGAUCUUCUCUCAGAUGACCAAAAUGCUGGACAUCUUGCAGGACUUCUGUUAUUUGAGGGAAUACAGCUUCUGUCGGUUGGAUGGCUCCACCCACAUUCAAGAGCGCCAGGAACAGAUGGCUGAUUUCAAUGAAAACCCCAACACCUUCAUUUUUCUGUUGAGUACAAGAGCUGGAGGGUUAGGAAUCAAUCUAACUGGAGCAGAUACAGUAAUUAUAUAUGAUAGUGACUGGAACCCUCAGUGUGAUAUUCAAGCCCAAGACAGAUGUCAUAGAAUAGGACAGACCAAGCCAGUUAUUAUUUACCGCAUAGUGACUGCCAACACCAUUGACCAGCGCAUAGUUGAGAGAGCUGCUGCCAAGCGAAAGCUUGAGAAAAUGGUUAUUCACAAGGGAAGAUUCAAAUCUGGCAUUGAAAGCUUCACAGAGACGAUGAAGCCUCUAACACCCCAGGAGUUGAUGGACCUGCUUAAAGCAAAGGACCACGAGAAGGAAGUGGAAGAUGUGGAAAACUUGAGUAAAGAAGCCCUGAACAGCCUGUUAGAUAGAUCAGACCUAUAUGCCAAAUGGAAGGGUGAUAUCAACAAGGCCACCAAAGCAAAGGCACAGAGAUCUAAAGCAAAGAAUUCCAGAACACCACAGACAACUGAAGACUUGGCAUCUGUGUUUUCAAUCAUCGAUGAGGAUGUAGAGUAAAAGAAACCUUGGUUUUCUCACUCAUUUACCAAAGUGUCAGUCUAUGUUUAUCCUCUGCCGAACCUCUGAAUCAGCUGUAUUGAUUUUUAGAAUUAACAUAUUCAUUAAAUUAAAGCCAACAGGCCAAUCAAGUACAGUGUGUUAAAAAAAUUAGCUAAACGUACACCCAAGUUUAAAUUGGUGAAUGUUAGCCUAACUGAAACUUAAAACAAAGAUAAGGUAUGUUGAGAUAGUCAAUUUCAAUGAUAUCGCUAUUGAAGAAACCAUUCAUAGCAAAAUUAUGUCAUUUUGAAAUGUUGCCUUAUAUAAAUCCUCAAUGUUUCAUUUUCAUUGCAUAUCUACACUAGAAUGAUGUCAUGAUACUUGGUUGUUUACCACUACAAUUAGCCUAAUGUGUAAUUAGAAAAACAAUUUUGAUAAGGUUGCAAGAUAAAGCAACUGGCUGUUUGUAUGGUGUAAUUUUCCUUAUAGUUCUAGAUAGGGCUGAUCCUGAGGGUCUAGUGAGUAGACUUUGACUAAGCAUAUGGUAUACAUGGAUUUGGGUUUUCCUAAGAGGAGAAAAACUAACCACUGUGUUUAAAGUAGAGAAAAAUCACCAGGUUGUGUUCAAAACAAGUACUUUUCAUGAAGUUGUGCUUCACAGAUCUAAUUUUUGUACGCUGUCUAAGACGAGAAGUAUCAUGGUAUUGCGUUUGUGUCCGUCAGUCUGUCUGUUAGCUCUUUUGUGUCCGGCUCAUAACUCGAUAUUAUGAGGUCUAGAAUCAUCCAAGCAUCUAUGGUUGAAGAUAAGUUUUAAAGUUAGGUCAUUGUGACUUUUAAGAUGAUAUGGCCCUAUGUGUCUUAACCCUUUUUUCGGUUCGUGUAGACUGGAGUCCUAGAAUCAACAAACUUUGUCAAUUGGUGCAUCUGGAGAGAAAUGUAAAUGACCAAAAACUGUUCUAAAGGAGGUAAUCCUUACAAAAAUAAUGCAGUAACCUUGUUCAAAAAUGCUAUCAUGAAAUACACAUUUAUUUCAUGAAUUAUAGCUAUAUAUAACUAAAGCAAUUAAUAUAAAUGAAUAUUUUGUUUCCAACCAUAACAACAUAAAUAUGCAGUUGGUGUUGUACUGCUAAAAUGCACAGAUUUAAAGGGACUGGUUCACGAUUUUUGAUAAAAAUAUUUUCCAUUUUUGAUGUUAAACAUUAGAAAUAUAGCUGAUUUAUUGUUGACAGCCAAAAUUUUGACCUUCUGAAUGCAAGAAUGAGAGCUAUAUUUUAGCCUUAAAUAUGUGUUAUGUAAACAAAGACUCGAGUCUUUUUAUGUAAACAAACAAACAAGUGAAAUAUUGAUUUUGAAAUAUAAUGCAUCUUAAUUUUGCAUGGUCACAAAUUUUGACUUGUAGAUGACACAUUUCACCCCAAAAAUGCUUGAAAAAUGAAAGAUAUAAUAGUACUUAGAUCGAUAUCCUUUUCUUUUGAAAAAUUCGUAAGCAAUAGCAUACCACAAUCUUUGUUUACAAAACAAAUAAUAAUCUCUCUAUAAUGAGCUUCUGUGAUGAUGUAUAACCUUAAUUUUCAUGUGAAAUCUUUCAAACACAUUAGACAGUAGAUUUUGAUCAUUAAAAGGGAAAAACAAAAUUUUGGGUAAAAUCGUGAAUCAGUCCCUUUAACAAGCACAACGCACAAUACAAUUCCAUUGGUCCCUUGGGAAUAAUGAUCUAAGCCAUAGUGUUUCAAGGAGUUCAAUUGGACAUGUAAAGAUCAUUUUGAGAAGAGCCAUUUUGCAUCUAUUUAGUUAAAGAUUGAUUAAGUAAAAUGUAAGAAGGUUGUGGAAAUGAUUGUCACUCCUAGCGCUGUGGGGCAUUUCUUUCUACAACCCAAAAUUCAAAUCACAUCAGAGAAAUUUUCUAAUUAUAGAUGUAAUAAAAUGAAAAUAUGUUUUGAAAUAUCAUUUGUGUAGUUAUUUGAGGAAUUCAAGAGAUAUCUUAACAAAUCAAUUCUUGCACCAAGGUUGACAUUAUUUUGUCCCAUGCAUGCUCAUCUGUUAAUGAUUAUGAUGAAUGAACAUCUGACGGGUGUAUCAUGUGCCGUGGUGGUGCACUUGAUCGUCAUCAGUGCUUGUAAAUAUUCAUGUAGUAUUAUACCAGUGGUGCUCAAUAUCAUUUUAGAAUCUAUUAAGUUUUCAUUUUAACCAUAUAUUGUCUGUUUACAUGUUUUAAAGCUUGACAAAUUUUCUUUACUGUAAGACAUGCAGAGAUUUAUUAAUACAUUAUUAAUGUGUGCAAAACUGCUGAAAAUGAAUACUAGUAUCAACAUACCAGUAGUGUGGUACGUAUUUAGGGACUAUUAUUCAUUGUAAGCAUCAAUUUUAAUUGCCAUUGUUUUCUAUUGAUCAUUCAUGUAGGCUCUUAAACAAAACUUUUGAGUUUACUUUCGUAAGAAUGUACAUCUACUUCCCAAUGAUUGAAAUGUUAUGAAAGUGCAGAUGUAAGAAUACUUGGUUGUACUUCUUUUAAUGAUUUUUUUUUUUUUUUUUUUCAUUGUCAUUUUGCAAUUGAAUGUUUAGUUUAGAAGGAAAAUCUUCACCAGAAAUAAAUCAUCGAAUAGGU